AGCUUUCGAGGAUUCUGAGAUAUUGCACCAGGUCAUCCAGAUCAUUUUCUAUACUAUUCCAAGCCAACGGGCGUAAGGCAAUCAGAUCAAAAAACCUACCCUGCCAUGGGCGUUUAAUUACCCCCUGCGGACAUCUCUUGAAGCUUCUGCUUACAGAUCAAGAAAUUUGAACAAAUAUUGAGAGAAAUCGGCGGGCUAUGGUGAGCAGGACGCCAUCGCCUUCAGCGCCCCUGGGGCGUCCAGGUGUUUUGGAGCUCUCUAAUUACCCCUCCACAAGCGGAGCUUCACAGGCAGAGCUUCACACGAUUAUUGCUGUCCAGAAGCAGCAAAGAGAGAAUCGCAUACGCCUGGCCAAUCUUUUGCUUAGAUCUGCAGGGCUUCUAUUUUCCUUUCUCUCCUUUGUCAUCAUGGCGGCCAAUAACCAGAACAGACCAGGGCCAAAAUUUGACGACUAUGAAGAAUUCAGGUACUGUCUGGCAAGCGCUGUGAUAGCAUUCGUCUACUUUGCGGCCCAGCUAGGCAGAGGGAUUUACGAUGUAGUGUGGGGAUAUAAUUUGUUUCGUAAAACGCUUGUAUCUUCCAUGGAUUUCAUCGGCGAUCAGACACUGGCAUACUUAGUUAUGUCUUCUUCGUCGUCAGCGUCGUCGAAAACAAAUAACCUGCGGGAGAAUGGCGAUACUAGAUUCACAGACAUGGCAGCUGCUUCGGUGAGCAUGAGUUUCAUGACCUUUGCGGUGCUGGCAGCUUCUUCCAUACACUCUGGUCUUACCCUCGCCAAACGAAUCUCCUGGUUUUAGGCGCAAGCAAUAUAUUCCCAAUUUUACAGCUAUUAAUUUUGGGGGUAGAUGUGAAAAUGUAAUUUUGGGCCAUUUCCAGCUAAUUGUAAAUUCUGUAAUUGGUUAUUCAAUUUUGUCUUUAAGGGAACAUCAAAGUGCGUCAAAUUGGGAAGAGAUGUAUUUUGAUUUCAGUGGA